GCAUUCUAAUGAAGGUUUCUCGGUGGCUUUCCAGAAAGGCAAGCUCCACCAAAACAUGGUGGCCUUCACAGCCCUCUUCAUCUGUGGGGUGUGUGUGUUGCUUUUAGCAGCCGCACUCUAUGUUUUAAAAGUUUUUAAGCAAUCAGCUUUAAAUUUGCCUCCUGGUCCGUUUCCUCUUCCAGUCAUUGGCAACCUGCAUUUGCUGGACAUCAGAAGGCAAGACAAGUCAUUAAUGAAGAUUUCAGAGAAAUACGGCCCCGUGUUCACCGUCCAUUUGGGGUUGCAGAAGGUGGUGGUGCUGACUGGCUAUGAGGCAGUAAAGGACGCCCUGCUGAACACGGCAGACGUGUUUGCGGACAGACCAGCCAUACCUAUAUUCCAUCACAUCCAGCAUGGGAACGGUGUGUUCUUCUCUUCUCAAGAGCUCUGGAAGACAACACGGCGGUUCACCGUAGCAACCAUGCGGGAUCUCGGCAUGGGGAAGCGUCUUGGAGAAGAAAGGAUGCUUGAGGAGCUUCACUUUCUCAUCGAGUUGAUCAAAUCCUUCAAAGGUGGACCUCUCCCCUUACGAUUUUUGAAUAUGGCUCCCACCAAUAUCACCUUUGCUAUUCUCUUUGGAAGAAGGUUUGAUUAUGAAGACCCAACAUUUCUCACUCUGUUAAGGCUCAUAGAUGAAGUUAUGCACCUUCUUGGCUCUCCGUUCUUGCAUUUAUUUAAUUUCUACCCAUUCCUUGGAUUUCUCCUCAAACCUCACAAAAUGAUUCUGAAAAAAGUAGAAGAGGUGUGUGUGAUCUUAAAGAAGUGCAUCAAGGAAAGCAAAGAAAAUAUGAAUGAAAACAACCUGAUGAGCUACAUUGAUGCAUUGGUAUUCAAACAAGAGGAGCAAAAGAAAAGCAAUACAGUUUUUCAUGAUGCGAAUGUAUUGGCCUCUGCGCUCGACCUGCUCAUGGCUGGCACUGAGACAACAUCCACAACGUUGCAAUGGGCCAUCCUGCUGCUGCUGAAGUACCCCGAGAUUCAGGAAAAGGUGCACGCAGAGAUUGAGCGAGUUCUUGGCCCUGAGUGCUUGCCUACCUUCGAGGACCGGAAAAACAUGCCAUUUACCAACGCGGUGAUCCACGAGGUACAGAGGUUUGUCAGCCUCCUGCCACACGUUCCACGGUGCACCUCGGCUGACACCCACUUUAAAGGCUACUUCAUCCCCAAGGGAACAACAGUGAUUCCUCUGCUCACCUCCGUGCUGCUGGAUACAACACAAUGGGAGACGCCGGAUGAAUUCAACCCCAACCAUUUCCUUGAUGCGGAUGGGAACUUCAUAAAGAAGAAAGCAUUCCUGCCCUUCUCCGCAGGGCGGCGAAACUGCAUUGGAGAAAGUCUUGCCACGAUGGAACUCUUCAUCUUCUUCACAGGCUUGAUCCAGAAGUUUACUUUUAAGCCUCCACCUGGGGUUAAAGAAUCUGAGGUGGACACGACUGCAGAGGCUGGAUUCACCAUGAGGCCCCAUCCACAGUGCACCUGCGCUGUGCUACGCUGCUAAGGCCAAGGCUCCGAGAUGAAAAAAGUACAUGUGAUAGUUUUGUAUGAGCCUAGCAGAUGUACUAAGGAGAAAUCAGAUCCCUGUGCAGCAGCUACAAGUAGUGUCUGCUUACUCAAAGCCUUGCAAGUACUGGCUAUGUGCUUAAAAUACCUGUUGAACAAAUUUUUGUAAGAAGCAGAGGAGGACUGGUGGGUAAGGUGACCUAGAAAAUUCCAGCCAGGCACAUGACUGGAAAUGACAGGACAGUCACUGCUGCACGCAACAAACACACAAUGUAAGAAAGUUGUCCUUGUUCUGGGCUUCUGACAGCGUUUCCCAAGAGUGGGUAAUUUCUUCACUUAGAGAGUAACAGUAGGUACAAAAACGUCAUCCAUCCCUUGCUCUUUUCCCAUUCUCUGUUGCACACAGGAUAAAUUAUUCCCAGAUGUCUACA